GUAUCCGCCUCAUGAAAGUUUACCACAUUAUGGUCAAAUUGCUACCUCUAACUCACCAAGUCUUGCGAGUAAAAAAUCUAUACAACCAUCUACAACAUUACAAUCUCAAGAUUCAACUCAUCCUACACGUUCUUUGACAACAACUUCGAUAUCACCGAUUCAUGGAAAUCGAAACAUGGAGUACGUUCAAUAUGAUCAUACACGUCGAUCAUAUUCUAAUGAUCAAUCAUCUGAUGAAAAUUCAGGAUCAGUGACGCCUUCUAGUGUAACAUCACCCCAACAAUCUUCAGCUUAUAAUGGGGGACCCAUGGCUCCAAUAGCAUCGCGUUCUACAACAUCGUUAGUAUCGUUACCUUCGUUGACUCCUUUAAGCAUUUCCGAUCGCACUGACCAAUAUGCAAGUAGUUCCACCAAUAGUCAAAAUCACCUGUCAUAUCAAAAUUCCUCAAAUAUCAUUUCACAGCAAAAAUCAUCAUUGCAACGAUCACAACAUUCAUCAUUUGAACUACCUUGGGAGCGAAGGAAGGAAUAA